UGUUGUAGCGACUUGCGGCCACCCUGGCCUCGCUUUCUCCGCUCUCAGCCGAAACACAAGUCUUUAUCAUCACCUUUCUCAUCCCCCUCCUCAGACUCAGUGAGCUCUCUAUCAGUAGAUCCAGGUCUAAACAUGUCAACCACGACAACUGUGAAUGCUCCCUCUCUGUGCAUGCUCAGAAAUGCACCCAAGACUCGAUUCACCAGUUCUAUCCUUAAGUUCUCAACUCCACUUGGAUCUGUGAAGACUCUCUCCAAAUCUUUUGGCUUGAAAGCAUCUGCCUCUUCGCGAACAUCAAUGGCAGUGUACAAGGUUAAGCUGAUUGGGCCAGAUGGUGAGGAGAACGAGUUUGAUGCUCCUGAUGACUCUUACAUCCUGGAUUCAGCUGAGAGUGCAGGAGUUGAGCUGCCCUAUUCUUGCAGGGCUGGGGCAUGCUCCACCUGUGCAGGAAAGUUGGUAGCGGGUACAGUGGACCAGUCUGAUGGUUCCUUCCUUGAUGACAACCAAAUGCAAGAGGGUUAUGUGCUGACCUGUGUUUCAUAUCCAUCUUCAGACUGUGUGAUCCACACUCACAAGGAAAGUGAUCUGUAUUAGGUUUGCUUUAUUGUUGCAAUUGAGUAGUAUUAUGAAGUCCUUGGUGGUACCUAGGAUGGUUAUGGAUCUCAUUUUGUUUUAAGGCUCUCAAGGACCCUGUUCAGUUUUUGAUGGUGUUUGUUGUGGAAUUCAGUCGCAGUUUAAAUAUAAUACUGCCUCAAUAUCAG